AAGUUCAGUUUAUGUUCCUGAAAGUUUCCAAAGAGACUAUUCAUUUCGUACGUUCUUGAAUGACUGUGCGCUAUACUUUAUAAGAUCGAAGGUCGAUUCACGCCGUAGUUCUUUAAGGGUCGGUGUAUAAAUUGAUCCCUUGUGUUACAUAAAAUCAAAAUGAAGAUUCAGACAGCCCGGAUACAAUAAAUUUGAUGAACUAUCGAAUGGGUCUUUUAACGUUAUGCGCUGCUUUAGCAGGAUGCCUGAUGCUUGUCGAGUCUCAUACGUAUCAUUUAGGAGAAUGUCCUAUCGUGGAGCCGAUGAGAGGCUUUCAGAUGAGCAGGUUUCUAGGAGUUUGGUACGUGAUACAAAAGACUUCAACAGCCAGCAAAUGCAUCACUUAUAAUUAUACACGUGGUGAAGAACCUGGAGAAUAUGUACUCGUGCAAGACUCUGAUCACCCUGUAUUAGGACUGACUCCGCUAAAGCACGAGUAUCACUAUACAGGAGAUCUGUCCGUCCCUGAACCUAGUACGCCAGCUCGCAUGGAGGUGCGCUUCCCUCUCAGUGUCGCUGGAAAGGCUUCUCACGUGAUAUUUUCGACUGACUACGAUAGCUAUGCUGGAAUUUUUACGUGUCAGAAAAUGGCCUUUGCUCAUCGCCAGAGUGCAACCAUACUUUCAAGGUACCGCGAUCUCGAUAAAUCAAAAGUUGACGAACUCCGUCACAUAUUAAGUAGUUACGGUGUGGAUCCAUACGACCUCAGCGUCAUUUCGCAAACGGGAUGUCCUACUGGAAACAAAACUGUUGACAUUAAUAUCGAUCCCCACACCUUCUCGGCUGAGAACAUUGGUCAUACUGUGAAAAAAGCUGGCGAGAAACUUGGGAAAGGAGUCGAAUGGGUAGCUAACGCCGGCAGCAAAGUUUAUCACAAAAUAACAGGUACCGAAGAAGACAAGAAACCGACCAGCAGAGACGUUGUCCUAAAUGCUCCCAAAGAUCCCUCUGGAAAAUAUGAGACUAACGAGGUUGAAUGGAUACCGUAAAUACCUGUUUUUAAAUUCUUAUCUCCAAGUCACUCUAAGUCUAUAAUCCCGCUAAAUAGUCGGAAAUGUGUUCAUACAAAAUACAUUUUUGACAAGAUACAAUCACUAAGUAAAUAUUUAUUUGACUGAGAUUGUAUACAAGUUUCAUAAAUAAGACAAUGGUUUCCCGAGAUACGAUUCAGUUUUCCUGCAAUAAAUUAUCCACACAAACAA